AUGCAGUAUUUUGUUGCAGGUGAAGGUACCGUACCGCUAGCAGUGCCGACUCAGGCCAGCGGGCAGCUGGUCCUUGAAACUGGAGUCGAGUGCGACCGAGACAACUGUCUGGUCAAGUCGGCCUUCCCGCUGCGGCUAGUGGGGCCUGUGCGUGACGUCAUCAUCAGGCCCUGGAGUAGGUACUACAAGCCGGGGGAGACAGAGUUCUUCCUACCUCGCCAACCUCCAGGCAACGUAGAAUGGCAGGUUCUUCCUGCUUUUUUAAUGCAUUCUCCAGGCUCCGUUUCCUCUGUGCUUGGGGAAUAG